UGUUUAUAGUGGAAGCCAUCGUAAAUGUUACGCGAUUGAAAAUGUUCGAAAAGUUUGUAGUUUCUUUGUAAUUUUUGCUAGAACUGUGAAAUUUAUUCUAAAAGAGGAUAGAUCGGCAUAUAACAGUGCAAGUUUCAAUCGUGAAUCACAUUACAGCCCGAUAGCGGUUUCUAAUCUGGUAGCGUUGUUCGCAAAGUUCCAAUCAUGAACAACAAUGGAUUUAGUACGGGAGAAGAGGACUCUCGUGGUCCAGCCGAUCAAGUUUGUUGUCUCCUGGACGACGGCGAACGUUGUCGGAAUCAGGCUGGGAAUGCAUCCUACAGCAAACGAAUUCAGAAAACUGUAACCCAGCGACGGCUUAAACUGAGCAUCGAUUCGGCUGCUCGUCAUAUCUACAUUUGCGAUUUCCACAAGGGACGCAUUCAAUGCGCUCGCACCAAGCGUCGCCGUCGUGAUUCCGAAGAUGACAGCAAUGAAACCGAUACCGACUUACCGGAGGUGGACCUCUAUCAAUUGCAGGUGAAUACUCUGCGUCGCUAUAAGCGCUUCUAUAAGGUAUCUACCAGACCCGGUAUAAAUAAAGCACAGCUUUCGGAGACAAUCAUGAAGCACUUCAAAACCAUUCCGAUAAAGGAGAAAGAAAUUCUGACUUACUUCAUCUAUAUGGUCAAAUCCAACUCGAACAAGCUGGACCACAAAAACAAUGCCGGCAGCGAAGCUACAUGAAAGUAGAUUGACGUAGUCGCUAUCGAAACGCGAACUGUUUCCUCUAGAGAUGAAAAACAACGUGAGUAAUAUUAGGUUUUAAAUUUUAAUAUUUCAUUUUAAAAUGUUUUCGUACUACGCUCCCAGUACUGUCAGUACGAUGAAACUGUGCAUUUGAAGAGUUAAUACGAAUUAUAAUAUAAGCUCGAUACCGAUAUUAUGUUGUACACAGAAAGUAA